AUGGGAUGCUGCACUGGGCGCUGUACGUUGAUCUUCCUUUGCACGCUGCAGCUGCUAGCUGCGCUGGAGAGACAAAUCUUUGACUUUCUGGGAUUCCAGUGGGCUCCCAUCCUUGGCAAUUUCCUGCAUAUAAUAGCUGUUAUUUUGGGUUUGUUUGGAACCAUCCAAUACAGACCUCGGUAUAUAGUUCUGUACUCCAUUUGGACGGCUCUCUGGGUCACAUGGAAUGUUUUCAUUAUCUGCUUUUAUUUGGAAGUAGGUGGUCUAUCUAAGGAAACAGAUCUCAUGACCUUUAACAUCUCAAUGCAUCGAUCUUGGUGGCGAGAACAUGGGCCAGGCUGCAUACGAAGAGUGGUGCGCCCUACAGCUCCUGGGAUCAUAGAUGAUAUUUCCUAUGUCUCUGUGACAGGUUGCAUAAUUGACUUUCAGUAUCUAGAGGUCAUUCAUAGUGCCAUCCAAAUUCUACUCUCUUUGAUUGGCUUUGUUUACGCCUGUUAUGUGAUUAGUGUUUUUAUGGAAGAAGAGGACAGCAGUAAAUACUGA